GAGGCCCUGACGUACAGGUUAUAAGUGCCAUGGCUAUGACGAGUGUCAAAUUGCUUGCUGGUGUUUUAAGAAAGCCAGAUGCCUGGACUGGACUCUGGAGUGUUCUCCGAGGGACACCUUCUUCACACAAACUCUGCACUUCCUGGAAUCGAUACUUGUAUUUUUCUAGUACCAAGUUACGUGCACCAAAUUAUAAAACACUUUUCCGUAAUCUUUUCUCACUGAGACUCCCAGGGCUUUUAAUAUCUCCAGAAUAUAUUUUUCCAUUUUCCAUAAGACUCAAAAGUAAUAUAAGCUCUAAAAAAUCUAAAAAGUCUCUGCAAAAAGUAGAUGAUGAAGAAGACUCUGAUGCAGAAAGUGAUCAUGACGAGAUGAGUGAACAGGAAGAGGAGUUUGAGGAUGACCCUACUGUAGUCAAAGACUAUAAAGACUUGGAAAAAACAGUGCAGUCUUUCCGGUAUGAUGUUGUCCUGAAGACAGGUCUAGAUAUUGGGAGAAAAUGAGAAAACUGAUUUCCAAAGAAGUCACACGUGACUGCCUGCAAAUCCCAUGUGCCAUAUUUCCUUGAAUGCUGAAGAGGAGGAGGAGGAAGAGGAAUUGGACUUGCUGUCUCAGGGGUGGCAGAGGCUGAAGGAAAUCUGCAUCAAAGUGGAAGAUGCAUUCUACAAAGGUGAACUCAGGCUGAAUGAGGAAAAAUUAUGGAAGAAAAGCAGAACGGUCAAAGUGGGAGAUACAUUGGAUCUUCUCAUUGGAGAGGAUAAAGAAGCAGGAACAGAGAGAGUUAUGCGGAUUCUCCUGAAAAAAGUGUUUGAAGAGAAGACUGAAAGUGACAAAUUCAGAGUGUUGUUACGGCGGUGGAAAAACUUAAAGUUGCCUAAGAAGAGAAUGUCUAAAUAAAUGGAUUGCUUUUUUAGCAAUAAAGCUGCUUUCUAGUGGUAGAGGAAAGGGUCAACUAAAAAAGAGGACGUUUUUAUUAAAAUAAAGUUCUCUUAGUGUUUGUGGAAUCUGCUGA